GCCAAGCAAAGCCAGUCAUCUGGUCAUGCAUGGCUUGUUUAGUUCAUGCUUGUUGAUUGUGCCACUUUUACGUCAGUCAUCAUGACCGGCCGGUAGGCUGGCCAUGCAGAGGGCUUCCCAAUCAUGUCGGACCAUGGAGCUGGACCAUGUCGGACUGAAAAACAAGAAGUAAUGGAUAAACUAAGCCAGUAAGUGUGAGCGCUUGGACCGUGAGCUCCCUUUGUCACAACUCCUAACCAGUAAAGUGCUAUCUGUUGUCACCUCAACUUCUGGCUGACACCUCGAGACCAAAGCCCUAAAAGGCAACAAUGCAAGUCCCAGGAAAUCCAUUCCAUACGGCCCAGUCAUUCGGCAUGAAUAUUGGAGUCGACGGACAUGUUAAUGGCCACCAGCACAACCGACUGGCUGGCGCCCUCAACGGUGGCUACUGCUUUGGCCAGAAGAGGAAGAGGGUGGAAUCAGAGAUGAUGGAAGAGCCCAGGUGCAAGAGAUGCAACCACUUUGAGCCCUCAGAUUUCAGAGGUCGCAACUUCCUGCCCGUCAAGGGCUCGGCCAACGUGUUCCAAUCGGAGCUGGUCAAGCCCAAAGGGGAGACCAUGUACCGGCCCCUGACUGAUGACGUCCUGAUCAACAUGAGACACAUUGAGCAGGUCAGCUUUGAGUCGGGCAUGUACUUCAUCGGAGAUCAUCGGGGAAACUACGUCCGUUCGGACCACGGUCACGUGAUCAACAUGUGGCGCUUUGAUAUGAACCAACAGCGUCUGUUUGUCUCCAGAUCGCUACUAUUCACCGACCCAAUGAAAUUCAAUGAACUUCACAGUAUAUUACAAACCAUGUAGACCGAAGGGAAUGACCGUUGGAGUUCGUAGGUCUGAAAAUUGUGUAUGGAGCCACAAGCUACGCGUACAUGUACGCGAACUCUCCUUGGAAAAAAAAUUUAGCGUCACUGAUGAUGUAUGAAAACUGGUGAUCCCAUCUAAUCUUAAGCCCCCUCGUCCUCCCCGGUCUAACGUCUUCAAAGUAUUGUAACAGAUUAACAACAGCACAGCUGAACCACUGUUUUGUUUUAACCGGGGAUCAGUGUAUCUCUGUUUCAAUGUAACAUGCACAGACCAGUGUUGCGUUUGUAAAAGGCCAAGAAAUUGAAGAUUUUUUUUCACGUUCUUAAUUUUCUGAAAAUUCUUAAUUAUUCCAAUAACUCCCCAGAUGUGUAUUGCCAAAGGUAGAACAGGCUGAAGAUUUUGUAUAUACAUGAAUAAUUUCUAAAAUUCAUGUCAAUGCAAUCCUGAGAUGACAAAGUACUUCGCUCUGCUGCAACAAGUCAACUUGAAAAUUUGAUUCACUCAAAGAUUUAUAUGGCUUCAUUAUUAUAAAUUAUAAAGAGUUCUGCCAGCGACUAUGUACAAACAUGUUGAACAUGCAAGUCUGCACCACUGACCUAAUCUCAAGCGCACUGUGUGCAGGGUGCACAGAGCGAUCGCCAUGACCAACACCCAUGUGCCAUUCUGUGUUCAGAAAGCACCCUUGCUCGAGUGGACUACACGGUGCCCUUGGUGGCCCUGGCCUGAGCUACUGACGUAAGCUUGGUUUCUGUGGGUCUAAAUCGGCAAAUUUCAUUCCAAAACGAAAAUUUGAUGCUUUACAAGAAGGCAGACAAGUAUUCUAAACCCACCCAGAUAAAUUAUCAAUUUCU